GCGGGGCCGGGCCCUCCUCCUCCCGGCGGCCCCCCCACCGGAGCCCCCUCCCCAGAUCCGAGGGGCCCUGGCCCUCGGCGCGCCCACCUUGGACAGCUCCCCCUCCGCGCCCUCCCGCCCCCGCGGUACUUGCCGGGCGACCCUGGGCCAAGCCGGCCCCUCCCCCAGGUCCAGCGCAGGCCCCCUCUCUGGGUGGGUCUGUCCCGCUCAGUCAGAGCCCCCUCCGCGCGGGGCCAGUUGGGCCCUGGGCCCGUCUUCCCGCGGAGCACCGGCUCGGCUUCCCGCCCCUCGCCCGGGAGCCGAAGCAAGCCCCUCGCCCGGGAGCCCCUCCCCUGGUCGGCCCCUUCCCCCACCGCUGAGAUCCUCCGCUGGCCAAGGGGAGCCCCGUGGGCCGGUCCCCUGAGUGUGUCUCCCCUCCCUCAGGCCCCCUGUCAUCCAACCCCUAGGUCCCUAAGCCAGACCCCUCCCCCCAUUUGGUUGAGCCCUGCGUGAGUGCGUGUGUGUGUGUGUGUGUGUGUGUGUGUGUGUGUGUGUCCUGUGCCGUCCCCUGGGCCCCGGCCUGUUCUCCUGGCCCCAGGAGUGUUGGGGAGGGCUGCCUUGCACAGGAGGAGGUCUGUGUAGCCAACCAGGGCCCAGUUCAAAUCCUGCUCUGCUCUGUGACCUUGAGCUAGUCCCCCCCACCCCUGGAGCCUCCUGCCGUGCCCCCUACCCCCACCCCGCAGGAGGAGGAAGAGGGUGAGAUUCAAACAGCACAAGGGUCGGUCUGGGGUUCUAGCAGCUGGCACGAGCCCUCCCGGCCCUGACCCCCACCCACCGCGUGGAAGAUGCCUGAACAGAGCAACGACUACCGAGUGGUGGUGUUCGGGGCGGGCGGCGUGGGCAAGAGCUCGCUGGUGCUUCGCUUCGUCAAGGGCACGUUCCGGGACACCUACAUCCCCACCAUCGAGGACACCUACCGGCAGGUGAUCAGCUGUGACAAGAGCGUAUGCACGCUGCAGAUCACCGACACCACGGGCAGCCACCAGUUCCCGGCCAUGCAGCGGCUGUCCAUCUCCAAGGGCCACGCCUUCAUCCUGGUCUACUCCAUCACCAGCAAGCAGUCGCUGGAGGAGCUGGGGCCCAUCUACAAGCUCAUCGUGCAGAUCAAGGGCAGCGUAGAGGACAUCCCCGUCAUGCUGGUGGGCAACAAGUGCGAUGAGACACAGCGGGAGGUGGACACCCGCGAGGCCCAGGCCGUGGCCCAGGAGUGGAAGUGCGCCUUCAUGGAGACGUCGGCCAAGAUGAACUACAACGUCAAGGAGCUUUUCCAGGAGCUGCUGACGCUGGAGACGCGCCGGAACAUGAGCCUGAACAUCGACGGCAAGCGCUCCAGCAAACAGAAGAGGACAGACCGCGUCAAGGGCAAAUGCGUCCUCAUGUGAGCCCGGGACGCCCGCCACCGGCCGGUCCAAGCCUCUCCCAAAGCCCCUGCUCCUCCUCCUCCUCCAGCCCUCCACUCCCGUCCCUCGAUCCUCCCCGCCAUCCCCCCCCCCUUCUCCUUCUCUCUCCCUCUCAUCUGUCUUCUUCCCUUCCUUCAUCCAACACCUCUGCGGGGGGGAAAACCGAGGCCCCAGUGAGCCCACGGCAGGUCUGGGGCUCCAACCUGGCUCUGCCGCACGGCUCUGCCUUCCCUCCUUCUCUGCCCCCCAGCCCUGUCUGCACCCCCCAAAGCCAAGUGCUGGAGGUGGCCCCCUGGAUCCGCACAUGAGAAAAUGGGGAAGCUGCCCGUCCCCGCUGAGCCUGAGGACGCCAGGUCUCCCCUGUCUCUGCCCAUCUCUGUCUCUUUCCCUUGGGUGCCCCGAGCCAGACCUGUGUCUCCCCCAUUAGAUCACUGUGACCUUGCUGGGGGCGGGGGGGGGGAGAGUUGAAAUGCACAUGGACCUCAGAGUUCGGUUCCUCCUUUUGGUGUUUAAUAUACACUGCCCCUGCUCCAUCCUUCGUGACUUCUGGCCUGUGCCCCCACCCCAGGUCCCAGAUCAGUCCUCACCUCUGUCCCCACAGCCUCGGUUCGGGGGUGGGGGUGGGGGGGGAGGCUUGCAGGAUGGGUCUCAGGCCACCAGGCAAUAACCACAGAGCCUGCGACAGCACCCCGCCAGCCUGGAGUCCCACUGCUCGCCCAGCCUGAGGUGAGGCUGCGGUGCAGGCAGGGGAGGCCUAGGACUGGCCCAUGGCCACAGCACAACCCAAGGGGACUGUCCAGCGUGAAUAUGGACGGUGUCCCCAGACAACGGCUCACAGACUGGCACAGUGUGUCACCACCGAGCCUCAGGCAGGGGGACAUGGGGUGCUGGGGAGGCGGUACCCGGGGCCCCAUCCAGGGGCAGGCGGCUGGACCCAGCACCAGCAGGAUCUGAGGGGGCUCAAGGCAGAGUCUGUCUCCCACCAGCUGUGCCCCAGAGAGAGGGGGUCUGCCCAGGAAGGCGUGUCUCCUGGGGUCAGGGCUUUACCUCCACCAGGAGAUUCUGAGUGCUCCAGACUGUCUAGAUAACGCCACACUCAUGGGACCCCGUGGGAGUGUGUCUGACAAGCCAUGAAGUGGGCUGUAGGCCUGGGGGGGGCGGUGCGGUGACCAUGGGUGGUGCAUUUGUGCAACUUGGCGUGGACAGGCAGAUGGCUUGUGUCUACGCUUACACUCGUGUGUGUUUGUGUGUGUGUGUGUGUGUGGCUGUCAUUCGGGUAGGGUGUUACUGUGAUAGUCUGUGUAUGUAAUGAUGGUGUAGGCUACACGUAGGGGUGGGCGGUGCAAUUGUCCAUAGGAGUGGAUAUUUGUGUUGGUGGGAACCUUUGUACCAGCGUAAGUGUGACUGUAAGUGACCGUAUUUGGGGGAGCGGGGGACGUGGCUCAUAGGACAGUGUCUGUAAACCGUUUCGUUCUGCCUGAGGAACACGAGUCCUGUCUGACUUUGUAGCAAGGUGGCUCUCAGCUCGAACUCUGUAUCAGUCAGAUGAUGCUGCCUAACAAACACAUGGCCACAAAUCAGCAACUUGAAACAACACACGUUUAUCACCUCCAUCCCUGUGGGUCAGGAGCCUGGGGGUGGCUCACCUCGUCUCCUACUCGGGACCUCACAAGGCUGCGAUCGGAGUACGGGCUGGCUGCAGUCUCAUCUGAAGGCUGAGUGGGGAACCGUGCGCUCCCAAGCUCACACGGCUGUUGGCAACAUUCAGUCUUCUGCUGUCGCGGGACCAAGGGGCUCAGAGGCUCGCUGGACGACAGCCAGAGCCACCCUCGGCUCCUCGCCACACGGGUCUCAACCUGGGGUUGCUGGCAGCGUUGGGACUGACCUGUGUGUGUGUGCGCACGUGUGAGAGAGAAAGGCCCUGUGGCUGGACAGUCGUGCGACCACGUGGGGCCUGUUCGUAGGCAAGAGGGGCUGUUCGUGUGCAUCUUGGUAGCAGCGUGUUUGACUUUCCCUGUGUCCGUGUGACUCCACAGAUGUUUACUGAGCACACCGUGUAGAGAGGGAGGGAGUGUGUGUGUGCAUGUGUGUGUCACCACCUGGCACGUGGAUGGGCCCUUGGAAGAGCUGGCAGCAUCCUGCCUGGGCACAGCUGGGGUCCUCCAUCCUGUGGCGGGUCCAGGGCCCAACAGCGUCUGGUGAUGCUCCCCCCACCCCCACCCUGGGAGCUUUUCCUGGGCCUUGCCGGGCAGGUGUCUGCAGCCCUUUCUCAGGGACACACCCUGAUAGCACAAUCUCCCUGAGACCCCGCCCACCUCCAGGCCUUUCCCACCCCAGGCACUGGUUCCCUGGGGAGAGGGAUCCUGCAGCAGGAGGGGUAGGAGCCUGCGCCUGCUGCUGGCCCUUCCUGCCUGGGCAUCCCCUGUCCUGGGGACCGUGCCAGGUCAUGCUUGCUGUGGUUCCACCCCUGCCCCUUCUCCCCCCCGCAUGUGGGUGCCCCCUGCCCCCCAUUGUGGGGUCUGUGUAGCAUUUGCUCUAGAAAUAGUCUUCCUGCAAUAAAGAAGUGGAUCCUGCA